AUGACGCUCCCGCUCUCCGACCCGCCCAUCCGCUCGGCCCUCCUCCUGGCCCUGUCGACGCAGAGCGCGCUCCUCAACGAGCUCUUCGCGGCGCUGCCGUCCAACUCGGCCGACGUGCCAGCACUCUACGGCAGUCUCGUCCAGUCGUCGGCCGCGCUCGACGGCCUCGCGCGCGACGCCGAGGAGCACCAGCGCCGCUGGGCGCGCCUGCAGGACAAGAAGCGCGAGGUCGAGGAUCUGGAGCGUAAAGUCCGCUCGUUGGUACGCGACCUUGAGGGCGGACGGACAGAGCUCGAGGCGAUGGUUUCUGAAGGGGAACGUGUACGGGAUAACAUUGACGCGAGUGAGAGAGAUCCCGUCGGUGUGCCAGUGUUACUAGCCCACGCACACGCGCUGGCCCGCACCACGUCAGCGCCCGUCUCGUCGCUCCUGGCACCAGUGGAGCGCGCGCAGGCUGCGCCGUGGCCCAACGAGGCAGCCAUGCGCCAGGGCCUGCUCUUCCAGCUCGAGGGCAGCAUGAGCGGGGUGGGAGACGUCGGCGUCGUUGGUGAAGAACAGGUGCCAGAGGAGAGGCACGAGGAGCGCCACGAGGUCGUGCAGGAGGACUCUGGGCGCAGAUUCGACCCCAGCGCCGUGUUCCAACUCGACUUGGGCUCGGACGACGAGUCCGACGACGAUUAGUACGAGUAGAUGGCAGAAGUUGUGGCAGUGGAGGGGCCGGACAGCAUGUGGUCGAUCACAAACUCACACCCACGCCCCUCGGUCCCCAGACUCAUCUCAGACCAUGUUGUAUG